UCAAAACUUUUUUUUGUUCCUUCGCGGUGACUCAAAACAAAAACGUAGUAUAAUUAAAAAAAUCAAAUUAAUUGACGUCGCUUUGUUAAAAAAAUCUCGAAAUAAAGUAAAAAAAACUUGCUGCAAAAACACCCAAACCCAUAAAAAAAAACCAAUUAUGUAUCAAGAGUAUCUAAAUCAUUUACAUGUAUCUAUUGCCCCAUUAUCAUCCGAUGAACUCAAAGACUUGCUAAACGAUGAUGAUAAAUUAGACGAGAAAGUCGACGAAGUACUCGAAACACUUCGGGCACAAAAAGAGAGUCUCCUUACAGACAAUCGUAGCAGAGCUGAGAGUAACAUAGAAAAAGAACCUAUUUUAAUUGAACUGCGAGGGAAAGUUAACGAGCUUCUGGAAGAAGGCAAAACGCGAUGUGCUUCAGUCCAAGACAAGAUUUCACAAAUCAAAACCAAGUCUGGCAAUGUUAGCAUAGAAACUGCAUUAGCUUUGCUACAAACUGCUGCCGCUGAAAGUGAAGAAGAAUCUGAGAAACUAGUCAAAGAUUUUAUCGAAAACGAUCUGGGAUUGGAAGGUUUUCUUGAAGCGUUUUUGACCUCACGUAAAAAGAUGCAUUUGCGAAAGUUUAAGGCGGAAAAAAUGUCAGAGCUUAUGCGGCCACAAAACCAACGUAAUUCGAUGUAUAACAAUUUGCCAUCUACUGGAUUCUAUCCUCAAGCACACACACAGUCGCAAGUGCCAUAUCCUUUAGGACCGAUGAUGCCAAUGCCAAGACCCUAUUAGGAAAUCUGCAAAGAAUUUUUUUUAUAGGUAUUCACUCAGCAGUUUUAUUUAUUAAGAUCAUUUGUAAAAAAAAGGAGUUGGAACAUUAUUCCUGAUACUUUUUUAUGUUAUUCCGAACAAUUCGAUGCUCUUCUAAUAAUAAAGUAUGUUUUAAAAGAU